AUGGCUUCUGAGACGAGUAGCUUGCUUAGUCGGCAGACAGGCUCGCAGCAGCAUCUGGAAGUUGGUGCCGUUUCUAAUCACGCCAAUAUUAAUCGUGGAAAUAAUAGCAACGCCAGUGGUAAUUCGAGUGACAGUGGCAAGGGCAAUGGAAAUAGCAACGGGAAACUGUACAGAGAAGACCAUAUGGAAGAGGAAUUCGAUACUCAGACAAUAGCUUCAUACGAUAGUGUGUAUAAUAGUGAUAUUGAUAAUGGAGUGCCUUUUGAUCCAGAACAUGGCCAUGCUCAUAGAAAAACACUGGGAAUCCCUACUGCGACAUUCCUGAUGCUGAAUAAAAUGAUUGGAACUGGAAUUUUCAGUAUUCCCUCGUCGGUUUAUGAGUUGACAGGCUCGGUAGGCUGGAGUCUUGUUCUGUGGAUCUUUGGCGGGCUGAUCGCUUACUCGGGUCUCAAUGUGUACCUGGAAUUCGGAGUGGAAAUCCCUAAAUCAGGAUCGGAAAAGAACUACCUCGAAAGAGUAUUCCGAAGACCCAAACAUUUGGCUCUUGUGACGUUUGCAGUUUCGUAUCUUUGUUUGAGUCACUCGACCAGCAAUUCAUAUGCGUUUGGCUUGUAUAUCCAGCUGGCAGCUGGAGUUAAAGAAACAAGUGAGAGUUAUACUCGAGUGAUUGCUGUGAUUACGGUAUUAUCAUGCAUCCUGCUUCAUGGAAUAUUCCCCAGAGCAGGCAGAUAUUUAUUUAAUGCGCUGGGAUUCUUUAAAGUGGUUGUUCUUGGUAUCAUCACCAUGAGCGGGUUUCUGGUUCUUAUUGGAGCUAUUAAACUGGACAAUCCCCCAGACAAUUUCACCAACAUGUUCCAGAACGACGGAAUGGGCGGUGAUGUAUACAGCAUAUCAAUCGCAUUGCUACGAGUGUUUUUCUCGUACCGAGGAUGGGACAAUUGUAACACAGUUAUGGGCGAGAUUAGGAACCCUGCUCAUACAAUGGGUAUUGCUGGUCCACUUGCUAUUGGAAUGGUGAUGUUUUUCUACUGUUUCUGCAACAUUGCGUAUUUUGCCGUGGUAUCGAAGCAAGAAAUCGCUGAUUCAGGAGUCAUUGUUGCUGGCAAGUUCUGUCAGAUCAUUUUCGGAGACUCCGUAGCUGCCCGAGUACUACCAUUUUUCAUUGCCCUUUCAAACCUGGGAAAUAUCCUUGUAGUGAGCUAUGCAGCUUCGCGAGUGACUGCCGAGCUUGGAAAACACUAUCUGAUUCCAUUCUCGCCCAUUAUCUCUUCAUACAAACCAUUCAACACGCCAUUUGUCGGAUUACUGAUGCACGCCAGUCUGACUGUCAUUCUUCUUGUGGUACCUCCACCCGGACGAGUGUACGAGUUUGUUGUCGACCUGUCGACAUACCCCAUCACAUUCAUAUCAUUUUCAGUAACGGCAGGACUUAUCUACCUCCAAUUCAACCGAGUCAAGGAGAACUGGGGCAACAAACCCGGCAGCUACCAUGCCCCAUUGUACCAUUCAGUAGCAUACCUACUCACAAACCUGUUCCUCAUCAUUGUCCCCUGGAUCCCUCCUCCCUACGAGCUCAAACCCGGCUCGUUCCCCUACUACGCGGUCCCACUCGGCGGUAUCAUCAUCAUGACCGCCGGACCUCUUUACUGGCUCCACUGGCGCAACUCGGAAAACGCUGCCCGCCUCGACGCCGAGAUCGAAAAAGGGCUCUACCUCCAAACGAGCUAA